AGGUUUGCGCUCCGUAUAAAUAACCGCCUCCUUAUUCGUCCGUUCCGACCUUCACUUCGGCUGCGAUUCUUCCUCCCGACGCACUUGUGCGAGAGCGGCAGAAGGGCGAGGAGAAAGAACCUAGUCGCCGACGUCGCCAUGUCGCUGGUCGCGAACGAGGAUUUCCAGCACAUUCUUCGUGUGCUCAACACCAACGUCGAUGGGAAGCAGAAGAUCAUGUUCGCACUCACCUCCAUCAAGGGUAUCGGCCGCCGGUUUGCUAACAUUGUUUGCAAAAAGGCCGACGUCGACAUGAACAAAAGAGCUGGAGAACUCUCAGCUGCUGAGCUUGAGAACCUUAUGACUGUGGUGGCCAAUCCACGCCAGUUUAAGAUCCCAGAUUGGUUUCUGAACAGGAAGAAGGACUACAAGGAUGGCCGAUACUCCCAGGUUGUUUCCAAUGCCCUGGACAUGAAACUUAGGGAUGAUUUGGAGCGGCUGAAGAAGAUAAGGAACCAUCGAGGUCUUCGUCACUACUGGGGCCUUCGAGUUCGCGGUCAGCACACUAAGACUACCGGCCGAAGGGGUAAAACUGUCGGUGUCUCCAAGAAAAGAUGAGCUUCGACUGGUGCUCUCGUCACACUUCUACAUUUCAAUUUCGCUUUCAUGAUGUCUGCUGCUUUGCAGCUCAACGUGCUAUAUUUAUGUUUAAGAGUCUACCGGCAUGGUUGUGUUUGGUUGAAUAGAUUGUUAGAACUAUUUUAAAACAAUCGAGUUAAGUGUAAUUUGUUCCUCUUAUUAAUUAUGAUUGUUUUUAUUUUGAUA